AAGAGGAACCUUUGAUCACGCGUGUGACUUGCACAGUUUCUAGUUGCAGUCACUAUCCUGUACAAAUUAAAUAUCAAAGUGAUAAUUACAAUGGCUGAUUUAACGGUUGCAACUCCUGAUGAAGAUAUUUUCGACUCAAUUGUAAUGGCAGAAGAAAGAUUUCAUGAGGACGGAUUUACCGAAGGCUUUGCUGCAGGUAAAAUCGCUGGAGACCAAGAAGGCUUCAAGAUGGGACAAGUCAAGGGUAGACAGAUAGGGUCCGAGUAUGGUUUCUAUCUGGGCUUUGUAGCAACAUGGCUGCAACUUGUGAAAGAAGACCCUGGACUUGCUAAGAAAAACGUAGUAAAAACACUUGAUGUGCUGAACGCCAUGCUUGCCUCCUUUAAAGUGAACGACAUAAACAACGAAAGCUACUGGGAUGAUUUGAAAAAAAUCAGAGACAAAUUCAAGCAGGUUGCUUCACUUCUCGGUGUUAAACUGGAUUUCACCGACGAGAAAACCCAACAGCCACCCAUGUCCUUCUGAGAAGGGCAUGUCUGUUGGAAAGGAGGCGUACGUAGCUUGUGUUGGUGCGAGACAAAAUUCUCGGGUGCUAGCUGA